AUGAAAACGGAGCAGUUGAUGCUCUGUGGAGUGAUCGAUCCAGCCUCUGGUACGGAGUGUACGGUGGCUUUUGUGUAUGCACUCAAUACGGAAGCUGAAAGGCGGAGCUUGUGGAGGGUGUUAGUCGAUAUUGCGACUAAUCCGUUGGUGGCAGCUUCACCCUUACUAGUUCUUGGUGAUUUUAAUCAGAUACUUUUGGCGGAGGAACACUUUUCUUUGCAACCUUAUGAUUUACCAAUCAGAGAGGAUCCUAUUUUGCGGAAGCUAGACAGGGUUCUGUGCAGUGAGAUAUGGCGGGAUAGAUACCCAGAAGCUGUGAGUGUGUUUGAAGCGCCUGGAGAUUCUGAUCACUCUCCAGCAGUGGUGUCCUUUUCUGAAAUACCUUCGCAGAGAGCGAAAGAAGCUUUAGGGGCAUUGAAAGAAAUUCAGCUUCAGUUGUUAACGGCUCCUUCAGAUUAUAUGUUCCGUCAAGAGUUUGUAGCCAGGAAGAACUGGCAAUUCUUUGAAGCUGCCCAGGAAAUCUUUUUCAGUAGAAAGGCAAGAAUAAGAUGGUUAGAUAGCGGAGAUGCUAAUACAAAAUUCUUCUUCAAAGCGGUGAUUGCACAUCAAAUGAGGAACUGCAUAAGUUAUCUGAUGGAUGAAGGGAAUAAUAGGGUUUUUAAUCAAGCCCAGAUAAAGGAGAUGGUGGUGGCGUAUUUUCAGAACCUAUUGGGAGAUGGGAAUUUGGAAGAGAUUAGUGAGGUGGAGCUGAGAGGUCUGCUUGCAUAUAGGUGCCCACAGGAGAUAUCCGAUAAACUGUUCAAUACCACAACGAUCUCCCUCAUUCCUAAGGAGACAGGUGCGGAUCGUCUUAACCAAUUUCGUCCAAUCUCCUUAUGCUCAACAGUGUAUAAGGUUAUGGCUAGACUCCUCAAGAGGAAACUGAAGCUAUGUGUUUCCGAGAUAGUGCAAAGAAAUCAAGUUGGCUUCAUUCAGGAGAGGCUGCUCUCCGAGAACGUUCUGCUUGCUACUGAGUUAGUUAAAGACUUUAACGCUCCAGGUCCAACCACAAGGGGCUGCCUGAAGAUAGACAUAUCUAAAGCCUAUGACAACCUCAGUUGGGACUUUCUCUUUAAGGUGUUGAGUGCCUUUGAUAUGCCAGGUAGGUUCAUUGAGUGGAUUAAAGAAUGCGUGACUACUCCGUCGUAUAGUAUUGCCAUCAAUGGAGAACUUCAGGGGUUUUUCUCGGGGAAUAAGGGUCUUAGACAGGGAGAUCCUAUCUCAUCUCUUCUGUUUGUUAUAGCGAUGGAUGUGUUGUCUAAGAUGUUAGAUAAAGGAGCAGUGGAUGGUACCUUUGGUCUACAUCCGGAGUGUGAAUCUCCGUUGAUCACACACUUGAGUUUUGCGGAUGAUGUUCUGGUUUUCUUCGACGGAACAGCGGAUUAUCUUAGGGGAAUUCUGAGCAUUCUAGAGGAGUUCCGGUUGGUCUCAGGGAUGAGAAUCAAUAGACAAAAGUCGGAGCUGUUACUAGAUGGGGGUAGUGAGAGCAGAUGUCGGGAUCUGGCAGUAGAGAUGGGGAUUGCACAAGGUGCCCUUCCGCUGAGGUAUCUGGGGGUUCCUCUAUCACCGAAGAAGAUGACUAGGUCGGAUUUUCAGCCUCUGUUGGAUAAAAUUGCUGCGAGAUUCAGCUCUUGGACAGUUAAACAUCUGUCCUUUGCGGGUAGAUUUCAGCUUAUUCAAGCGGUGAUUUAUUCGACAAUCUCAUUCUUGGCGUCUAUUUUCAUCAUUCCUUCAGAGUGUGUCAGUAUUUUGGAGCGUAUGUGUGGAGCUUUUCUGUGGAAUGGGGCUCCGAAUUCGGCCAGAGGGGCAAAAAUAGCCUGGGAGUCAGUCUGUACACCAAAGGAAGUAGGAGGUUUGGGGUUGAAGAGGUUAGUGGAUUGGAACAGAGUGUUGGGACUGAAGCUUAUCUGGCUGAUUUUCACAGCUGGAGGUUCUUUGUGGGUUUCGUGGGUACGCAAUCACUUGAUCAGGAAUGAUAAUUUCUGGGUGUUGAAUCCUACUCAUAGAGAAAGUUGGAUAAGGAGAGCUAUUUGUAAGUUGAGAGCAAUAGCGAGACCUAUGGUGCUUUGUGAAGUGGGUACUGGCAACACUGCUAGUUUUUGGUUUGAUCAUUGGACCUCAGCUGGACCACUCAUUGAUUUGGUGGGGGAGAGGGGACCUAUAGUCACUGGCCUGAGUAUUAAUGCAGUGGUUGCUGAUGCUUUAACUAAUGAAGGAUGGAGGUUAGAUCGAAGUAGAAGCAGGAGCCCUAUAAUUUCCUUAGUGAAGGCAUGUCUGCCUAAUGCGCAGGAAAUUCUGAGUUCGGAGGUGGAAGAUAGAUUUGUUUGGUAUCCGGAGAUUGGUAGGGGUAAUGGGAGUUUCUCAGCCAGCAAAACUUGGAGAGUGCUGCACCCUUCUCCGACGCAAGUUCCUUGGCAUAAGGCUGUGUGGUUUGCUGGAAGAAUCCCAAAGCACGCUUUCAUUACUUGGAUUGCAGCCAGGAACAGAAUGGUUACUAGGGACAGGCUUAUAAGAUGGGGUUUGUCUGUUCCUGCGAGGUGUGUUCUUUGUUCGGGUUUUGAUGAGAACAGACAACACUUGUUCUUUGAUUGUGGGUACAGUAGCCACAUCUGGUCCUUCUUUGUUUCCAGGCUGCAGCUGACUCCUCCGCAGGGGUUUGAGGAGGUUUUGGUUUGUCUGAAAGAGCCUGCGAGGGACGCUAAUGUGACUUUGAUCGUCAGACUUGUCCAUCAAGCCGUUUUGUAUUUGAUUUGGAAGGAGAGAAAUAUGCGAAUUCACUCAGCAGUAGAGAAGCCUCCGGGUACUCUAAUAGCAGAGACUCAGCAAACCAUCAGACUCAGGUUGGAUCCUUUGACUCGGAGACAAGUUGUUCCUCCUGGCCAACUCUCUCUUCUUGCAGCGUGGCGUUCUUUUUUCGUAGAGUAG